GGGAAAAAGUUGGUGCGCGAAAUUUUUAUCCUCGCUAAAUGAAGCGCGAAAGCGUGGAACUCGAAAAGUUCAAACCGAAAUAUAAGUCGAAAGUCAGAACAAAGAGAAAGGGAGAGAGAGAUUUUUCUCGUUGAAGUAACAAAUGCUGUAAAUGAUACCAAAGAACACAGACGGAGGAGGUUACAGGUACGCUCUUGGCAUCGCGCGAAGACUUUGGCAAAAGUCUUAUUUCGCGUCUUAUUAUCGUCUCACGUUUUCGCGAUCAAACAGGUUGUUCGUCAUGAUUGUGCCGUUGUUAAUCGAAAUAAUUUGCAACGACGUGCGCGCCGACGAUGAGCGAUCAAUUGUCGCGCUUGCGAAGCAUCCUUUGAUCGCGCGAGACAGCGAUGCGUGCAAAUCAGAAACGAGGGUGAGAAGAAAUUCAGACGCACACACGUCCGAUAGAUACGUCUACGAAAAUGUGAAUUCGAAAUUCGCGUCUGACGAUCACGAGACAAAGAGAACCGAAUUCUUAGCGCGGAAAUUGGCGAACGAGGUUCUCAAGUCGCCGCAAACACAGCGCAAAUUGAAAAAGUUAACAGAUCUGAGCAAUCCUCGGUACAAUCAGUCUAACGGGAUAAAAAAAAGUUUAUCGAUAAAUCAGGCGAAAGUUAAGGUACCGGUAAUAAGUGCAAAAAAGUUGAACAAGUUGUUGGAUCGUGAGGAAAAGAGAAAGAAAAAGAAAGAUAAACAUAGACGCGGGAAGUUGAGACGUCGCAAGGAACGUCCCUGGAUGUAUGAGCGAAAUGACGUUAAGAAAGAGCGACGGAAAAUAAAUCCCAAUCGUGUCAGAAUAAAACAGUGGAACGUGGCGAGUAAAGAAUCGUCGACGAUAAAAAAUCACAUAGCUGAUCGAAACUCCAUACUUGACAAUAACCCUCGUCGUUAUUCAAAAAACAACGUCGCGUACUCUUCAUCCUCAAGACGGUAUCAGAAAAUUAACGAGUCACCCGACGAGGAUAUAAGAAAACGUUUGACGAAGCAAACGAAGAAUCCGACAAAGAACUCCGCUAAUCGAGGAAUCGAAUAUUACGACAAAUAUCACGACAAACCGAUUAAAAUGCAAUCAAAACGAGAUGAGACCGAAAUUGGGAGCGACAGAAUCGCCAGGCAGAUCUCGAACAAUUCUGUCAUUAACGAUAAUCGAUUCGGCGAUCGUUCGAGGCGGCGGUUCGCGAACGGAAAUAUAUUAUACGACAAGAAUCUAAUUUACGACGACGGAUUAAAACCUUGGGAGAGCGGUCGUUCCGUAGUAGCUCAAUCCGAUGAAGAUAACACCAUCGACGACGUAUCCACGUAUCUGCCGUUAUCGGCCGAACAGAAAAUUAAUCCGGAAAGUUCGUAUUACAUUCCCGAAAUAACUGCGGAAGAUUCGGCAUUCAAUCAGAUAUCGAAUAUCGGUCAGCGCAAGGAAAUCGAAUCUUCCACCGAAAAUUCGAUCGACUCCAAUCUCGAUCUGGCGCAGAUUUUUACCACCAGCGCGAUCUUCGAUCCCCAAAUCGAACACAUUCGAACCGGAGACGCGUAUCGGAACAAUUUAAACGUCCCUCGUUUGUAUCAUAAUUCAGACAGGCCGGAAGUAAUCAAACCUGAGGAAGUGAAGGUGCUUUAUCCCGAGGCGAAAGAAUCGAUAGGGUCCUCGUUAUACGCGCCGCAUGUUCUUCGCAAGAUUCCGGGAACCUUGAACGUGUACGUCGCUGAGAAAAAUGCUGAAUCGGCAAUACCGUCGGAAUAUUUUUAUUCCGUUGCUUCCACGAGACCACCUUUGCGGAAAAUUAACGAUCACACCUCGGUUCUUCCUCAAUCGAUCGCCAAUCGACCGGUCGAACAUAUUUUACUUCCCGAUCGGGACGAAGACGUUGAGCGGAGUCGCUACAAGAUCGAUCAAAAGCAAGCAAUGAUCGAGGAAGAACGUAAAGCGAAACAGGAAGCAGCCGAUGUUUUCCACGAGCAAUCUAAGAAGGACAAAGAGAAACUUGCGAAGAUAAGCAACACUCUUGUAACAGUUGCGACAACGGAAGAAAGCAAACGUGCGAAUGUCUCCGCAGCAUUGAACGAAACUAAGGAAGUCGCCAGCCAGAUAUUGGAAAAAAUUAUUGACGAGCUGGAGGAGAUUAAAUCAGAUCGAGUGUCUGAAAACGAACAAGUAGAAGGUUUGCCUUGUAAAGUAUCGGGAUCGUGGGUGACCACUCAGGGCGGUGUGCGAAUCGAUAUGAAAGUCACCAAUCACACUAUAAACGUGACUCUCGCAAGACUGUCGCCUCCACCUUCACGGGGUUUGCUGGACCCCGCUUGGAAUUUAAGCGGAUACGCGCCGUUCGCACCGGGCGAACCGUUUUCUUUGAUUGCCAUUGACAAUCGCACGAAGUCCCUGGCCGCGUUCGCAGGUGCGUGCAGAGUGUGCCAAGGUAUCGACACGAUAGUGGGUGUUUGGUCGAUCGUUCACAGUCCGCAGGACUGCCGUGACUUUCAGGUGGCCACGAAUAUUUACAACGACGUAUUUCGCCGAACAAAAUUGUCGUCGGAAGUGAAGCGGAAACAUCGAGAGAUCGUGCGAUUGCUACAAAGGAACACCAGAAAUCACACAACGGCGGUCGAAGCUCUGACGAACGGCAUAGCGCCGCAAAAUAGCACGUCGCAACGAAAUAAUACGUCGCAACGCAGCAAAGAGAAAGAAAAGAGUUAGAAAAAAAAUGCGAAAGAAAGUGAGAAAGAGAGAGAAUCGAGAUGAUAAAAUUUAGACAACGCGAUAAAAGAAUGUAAUCAAUAAAAAAAUCAAACUCUAAAAAUUCAGCAUGUUGCGAGAAAUG